AUGACCUCGAGCGAAUCCCAGGACUUUGGCCAGCCUCUAGUCCUCGAAGACUAUAUGCCAGUAGCACAACCAGUCGCCCCGGACGCGCACGGCCUCUGUGCUAUCUGCCACAAAGCCACAGAGUUACAGCGAUGCGCCGGCUGCCACAACAUACUCUACUGUUCCAAGAAAUGCCAGAAAGCGGAUAGAAAGGAGCAUAAAUCGCUAUGUAGGGAGUUCACUACAUCUGCGAAGAUCAGACCCACCACAAACUCCCGACGUGCUCUUCUCCUCGCGCCUGAGUACCCGCGCGCUCGCUUCCACUGGGUCCUCCACGACAACGAUGGCCGGCCCGAUGUGCAGAGCUGCUACCCCGAUACACAGCCAGGAGAUAUCAAGACCAUCGGCUUCCACGACCGAUACCUACCAUACUGGCUCCAAAUCUCCUAUGACAGCAACCCCAAACAACGGCGAAAUCUGGGUGCCAACUCAGUUGCCCAGCAUGCAAUCAACGGGAAUGUGGUUGUUGUGGCUUAUGAUGCUGUUGAAGGUCUAAGUGCGCCGCCUCUGGAUGUAGAUACGAAGACUUUGAGAGCGGUUUUGGAUUACCUAUGGUUGAGGUCGUCGUACGAUGGACCGAUCUUCAUCGAGCAGCCGCAGGAGAGGUACACAGUUGAGCAGUGGGAGGAAAUCCAGGAAAAGGCCCAAAUCAGAGGUCCGGCGGCUUGA